ACUGUAAAUGCAUUGAGGAGUCAGACACGCGCACCAUAUCUGUUCACGCGCAGCUGUGGUGACGUUUGCCACGUUUAUUCGCUCGCGCUCUGCAGCUUUCACUUUUUAAAGUUUGAGUCUGUUAGGAAAAACUGAUUUUUAUGUGAAUAUUAAAUUCAAUAGGAUCUAGGAAAGCAGAACGACCGAAUACGCAACUAAAGCGCACAUUUCCUUCAUGCAUCUUUAGUUUAUUACAGUUGCGUGACAGCACUGCGCACUCGUAGAUAAGCGCUGUGUAGCCUACUUUAAGUACGCGGGGAUUUUGUUUUCUACCUGGGAAGGAAAUCUGGAUUAACAGAUGAACUGUAAUGGCUAACUAACACUGUGCGGGACUGCUGUUGGUCCACAAGGAAAGUGUUGAGAUGAAGAUGCUGGACGGAUGCUGGAGGAGAUGUGUUGUGGUGGGUCUCAGACUGUUGUUAUUUCUUCCCGCAGGUCUGCCCGUCCGCAGCCAAGGAGAUUCCAAUAACAAACAGAUGGACAAUAUCACCGUCAGACAAGGAGAGACGGUCUUCCUCAGUUGCUCACAAGGGGACUUCGUGACACACACGGCAUGGCUGAACAGAUCAAGUAUACUGUACGCUGGAGAAGAUAAGUGGUCCGUAGACCCCAGGGUGAGCUUGGUCGUUCUGAACCAGGCCGAGUUCACCAUCAAGAUUACAGAUGUGGACUUGAUGGAUGAGGGCCAGUACACAUGCGCAGUGCAGACAGUCAGCAGACCUCGAACCACGUCCGUUCACAUCAUCGUUCAAGUUCCUCCAAAGAUUGUGAACUUGUCGAAGGACCUGGUGGUGAAUGAAGGAUCCAACGUAACUCUGAUGUGUCUGGCGAAUGGCAAACCAGAACCUGCCAUUGUGUGGAGAAUGCAGUCAUCUUCAGAUGACGGUCUGAGUUCGGAAACAGAGGUUCUGGAGAUCCCCUUCAUCACCAGACAAAGAGCGGGCACUUACGAGUGCACCGCUGUGAACGACAUCGCCGUGGACACGCAGACGGUGGAGCUCACUGUCAACUAUCCUCCCAGUAUUUCAGAAGGCAGGGAUGUUGGUGUGACACUGGGUCAGCGGGGCGUCCUGCUGUGUGAGGCAGAUGCUGUACCCGAGGCAGAUUUUGAGUGGUACAGAGAUGACAGGAGGAUCUUCAAUGACUUUGAUGGCAUUGCGAUCGAGGAUUCCGAUGCAUUUUCAAAGCUGAUAUUCUUCAACGUGUCAGAGACGGACUACGGCAAUUACACUUGUUUUGCUACCAACAAACUCGGCAGUGCCAACACAAGCAUUCUCCUGUAUGAAGUAAUUGAGCCCACUAGUUCAACGCUAUUGCAAGUGGAGACUGCUUCUGUUUUAGAAAUGACCUCAUCCGAUUUAAAGCAAAGAGCCUUUGAAAACAAUGAAUUGUGGGAAGGACCCGGAGCAGUUCAGGAUGGCAACAGCGGCACAUCAACAGUGUUCACACCCACCUGUCUACUUCUCAUCAUACUUCUACAACUUUUGCUCAAGUUUUGAUGGUGAAGAUGUUUUCAUUGGAUCAAAUUUGUGUGACAUCACUGUCAUUCACACCUGGAGUCACAAAUCGUGCAUGGGUUACCAAAAAUGCCCAAAAUGUGCAUGGGGUACCCAAGUACUUCUUUUAAUAAAAAUAAUCAUGCAUUUUUAUUUUGUUGUUGUUUAUUAUAGAGUUUAAUAUCGUAACUACUUGUCACACUGUUUUGCCCCACAGAAUACAAUGUUUUGUAUUCACUAAAAAGCAAAGUACAGAGAGGCAUGUCUAAUUUGAAAUAUUUAAUUUCUUUUUGUGAUUGUCAUUUUAUUUUAACUCUGUAACCCCUAAAAAACUCAUAGAAUACCACGUUGAUAGGAAAGUCAUUAUAUCAAAGGCAUGAGAUUGCAAGGGCAACCGUCUCUGUUUUUGGAUUGUCGCUAUACUGUAUCUGUAUUGUAUCAUAACUGUACAGUCGAUCAAAAUAAGCAGCAAAAAACACAGUUUAAAAAUUCUUUAAUGUAUAUGUCAUGUAUGUUUUGUGUUAUCGUUUGAACUCUAUUUUAGUAUUUAACAUGUACUCAAAACUGAAAACAAUAUUUUAUGGUACAUAUCAGUUUUUUAUGUUGACCAGAAUAAAACACAGGGACUAUGCAGAACCACAUAAGCAUUCAAUGAUAUAAUAAUAUAAAAACAAAAGGAAUAGAAAGGUUUAAUUAAAUAUAAAUUUGAUGAAAAGAUGAAAAUGUGGCAUGUUGGUUUUAUUAUUGGACCCAGCGAGGGAAUCCAAAGAAUUAUCCCCUCACUGGCCUACCUGAUUUCUAGACAAAGUCUGAUGGUCAUCAAAAAUAUAAGUUGAUUUUUAAUGUAGUUUGAGUUAUAACAGCUCAAAUCUUCAAGCAGAAAAAUGUUUAUUUCACCUCACUGUAGUUUCUGCUAACAUCAAUGUAUAUCUAUAAACUUGUACAAAGGAAAAAUAUGCACAGUUGUUUUUACUAAAAUUGUGAACCUGUUUAAUACAAUGCAGCGUUUUCUAGUUUUGUUAUUUCCUCGCUCUAAAGCUGUGUAAUUUAUUUCUUCAUGGUUUCUGCGUUACGUAGGUACCAGUAAAAUAUUACUGCAGUUACUUGUAAAAUCUGAUGUUUAAAUAUUGUGCUUUCAAACAUGAAGAUGAGACUUUUCCACCCAUCAUCAUUAUCAUACGACACAAGCAUAAGUUCCGAUAUGUCUGUAUUUGAAACAAUGAGAUUUGAUUUAAUCCUACAACUUUUCACAUUUAAUGGUGGUUUUCCGGACAGGGUUUAGAUUAAUCCAUGACUAGACCUUAUAGUCUAAAAAUGACUGGGUUAUUUUUGACACAUAAUGGGAAAAUAUUGGACAGAACACAUGCUGGGUUAAAAAUGACCCAAUGAUGGGAUGUUUUAACUUAUUAUACCUAAUGGUUGCGUAACAACAAUCCACCAUUAUGAUAUUUUAACCCAGCAUGUAUUCUGUCCAGGAUUUUGCCCAUUAUGGGUAAAAAAUAACCCAGCCAUUUUUAGUGUGUAGUAAUAUUAGGACAGUAGUAGUUUUUUUUUAAACAAGCCUUACAAAAAAAACAAAAAACAAUACUGGUGUGCAUCUUGAGACAAAACAAUGGCAAUGAUAUUAUGUUAAUAUACAAGGUGUUUUUAAAUUAGGGCAGCUCAAUCAUGCAAUUUAGUCUUGGAUUAGAAUAAACCCUGUCCGGGAAACGGCCAUAUAAUGUUUGACUUUAAAUCCAUACUAAAGUUCUGUUUUGUUUUAAAACUCAGUGAGAUAUACACAGACUUUCCCUUAAUUUUUUUUUUAUUAAACAUUCAGAUAAAAAAGGAAGUCUGCCAUGAGUUCAGUGAAUUUUAAGCACAAGUUGUAUUUAAGUGAAAGGGUAUGUAUUGUACUGUAUGUGCAGUUUAAUGGGUCCCAGAUUUGGAUUCUUGCCCUAAAGUUGUAUUCUUCAGCAUUCCUGUUUAAUUUUUACAGAUGUAGGGACCAAAGAACAGUCCUCAUAUUUCAUAUACUGUAUACUGUAUCGAGACGUACUGUAAUUACAGCAGUUUAAAGUUCAUAUCUGUUACUUGUUUUGGCUUAAAGGGUACAUACAAAUCUUUUUUUUUCUUUGUCCCAGUUAAAUAAUUUAUAAUCUGAACAGGUAUGUUGGUUUGACAUCAUUUGCCUCAACCCACAAGAAUAUCAACUGCGAGUUACUUACAUUUUCACAAAAAAAAAACAUUUGAAAAAUGGAUGGUGAUAGAAAGGCAAACAUUAUACAAUGUGAAGUAUAAUCUAGAUCUAAAAGAGAUGUAUUCUCAGAACCAGAGGUGUAUAAUACUUAAGUAUUUAAGUUACAUUUUCCAAGCAUCUGUGCUUUAUCGGAGUGUUUGUCUUGGGAAAAAAAUUACUUUGCUUUACUAAAAAAUUUCCACUACAUUCUAAAGCAUAGAAUCAUACUGUGUGUUCAUUAUAUAUUGCUUAUUAAAAUUGAUUUAAUGCCUAAUUACAUAAAAAUUGUGUACUUUUACUUUCUUGAGUAAUAAAAAAAAUAAAAUAAUUUUUACUUAAGUAAAAGUACAAAAAAUUACUAGAUGUUUAAUGUACUUAAAUAUUAAAUUUAAACCAAAAACUUGAAAUUAUGAAAUGUAGUGAAGUAAAAAUUAUGAUAUUAUGUUUUGGAAUGUUUUCCAAAGAAAAACACUAAUAAAAUACGAAUAAUUGAAAAAAUUACUUUUAUGUAGAAAGUAAAAAUACUUAAGUACUAUAUAACUCUGCUCAGAACACAGAAACCAUUUCUGUGCAUGCUGGCUGAUUCAUAAUUCAUAUCACAUGUUUGGGGGAAAAAAUCUGUUUUUAAUUCUUAAACUCCCAAACUUUCAAUAACCUGAGAGGUUUACUUCACACUGAUUUACUCCCACAUGUUGUUUUUUUUUUGGAAAGGAAUAAAAUAAAGUACUUUAACUCUUUGUUCUGUAAAAAAAGAAAAAGAAAUGAUGGUCUUUGUUUUUGUUUAAUUUCCUUUAAUGAAGAUGGUGUGUUCAUAUUUAAGACUUACAAUAAUAAAAUGUUGUAUCUAAAUAGA